UGUACCUUGGUAGCUUUGAUUUUGUAUUUAUUUUUGUGAAUUUUUUAUGUACAAAUAUUAUUACUUGUUAGAGUUUUUUUUUUAAUUUCAGAAUAUAUGUUAAGCUUAAGCAUUAAUAACACUUAGAAAUGCGUAAAUAUCUUAACUAAUUGUUUUGAGAAGCCAUUUUAGAAAUUCAGGAAUAAUGAUCAAACUUUCUGAUUUUGGAUCCUUAUGUCUCUAUGUAUUUCUCCAUGAAUUAAAAUCUUGUUCCAUGAUAGCAGAUAGGACUAUAAAUGAACAUAAGGUCCAUUGAAACUUGGCUCCAUAAGAGCUUUUUAUGAUUGUUUGAUAUAAAGAAUAUGUUAAACAAAGAAGCUUACACUAGGUUUGGUUCAUUAAACAAAACUCAUGAACAAUUGAUCAUAAAAUUGCUUAACAAAUUUAUUGAAGCUUUAAUUUUAAUCUUAUCUAUAAAGUUUUUAAUUCAAACAUAUAACAAAUAUGAUAUGUGUGGAUAUUUAUGAUACAAUUUUCAUCUUUUAUUAUUGAUAUCUUAGAGCUUUAGAUACUCUAUGUGUUAAAAAUGAAUAAUAAAUAAAUUUUAUUUAGUGGGUCGAUUUAACUAAAUUAUAAGGACAAUCAUGCUACUAGUUGAGGUUGAUAAAAGGCUCAAGCUUGAAUUUAUCUUAAUAAGUUGUUUAAUAAACAAGCUUGCUUGAAUAGACACGAUAAGAUUUUUUGGACAUCAUUAUACUUGGCUCAACUUUGUUAUAACAUUAUCAACCAUCAUGCCUCAAAUUAUCAUUUUGCUCCAGACUAGAUGAAGAACAAUGAUGACACCCCAGUGAUGAUGGUGGGUCUUUUCUUUUGAGAUGAAGGCUUAGCACAAUUUCUGUGUGUGGCAAUGAGACUUCUUUCUCAUUAAGACACAUAUUAAGAACAUAGAUCUUUGCACGACAAGGCUUUUUCCAUUCAAGACACAAGCCUAGGAUAAUGUGAUAUGUUAUUCUUUUCUCAUGAUUUCUUGUGUUUCAUACCAACACUCAACAUAGGUUCUUCCUUGUGAUCCCUUCCUCCUCUUAGCAUAGGUUCUUCAUGAAUCUUCUUCUGCCCCCAUGGGUGUAGCCUAGUUGGUACUCGGGUGGCAGAGUUGCUUCAUUAGGCAAGGGUCAAUUCCCGUAGGGUUCAUUCUCAUGAGGAUUAAAUGCCCUCCCACCCAAGAGGUUGCUCGGUACCGUGAUUUACCUCCUUUCACCUUGUUGUGGGACCGGCGUUGAGGGGCGCUCGGGGUGAGCGAAAUCACCUUUUUGCUUCAUUCAUGAAUCUUCCUCUAUGUUUCUUCUUAUGGUUUCUCUUUGUGAUUCCUUACACCUAGAUUCUCCUCAUGAUUCCUUGGUCCCUCCUUUCAAUUGCUUCCUCUUCCAAUUCUUCCUAAUCAAUGUCUACCGCAUCUGCACCAUGUCUUUACAUGCGUCGUCAGGUUGGUAUGAAUUUGUUCUUGCUAGGGUGAAAUGUGACAUGAAACAAGACUUAAACCUUGAUUUCAUCUAUGAAAGGUAUUAGGUGAUGCAUGGAGCUCGUGAUUAGUGCCAUCAAUGUCAAAAAAAAAAAGAAAUCUAAGGGAAGCCUGAUGCAUGGAGCUCCUAUCAAUGCAGGUCUUGGGAAAGGGUUAAGGGUAAAGGGUCAGACCACAUUAAGUCUAUUAUAAGUAGCCUUACAUGUAUUGUAAGAGGUUGUUUUCAUGACUCGAACAUGUAAUCACUAUGUCACACGGCAACAACUUUACUGUUGCGCCAAGACUCCCCUUUGUAAAAUAUUUCAUAAGCCAGUAAACAAAUGUUAAGAGUGUUCCAAGGCACUUGAUUGUUUUUCUCUCAUUUAUAUGUGAACUAUUAUUGAAAAAUAUUCUAUUUUAUAUAAAGAAUAGUGUUAGUUUAUUUUAAUUAUUAACAUCUAAUAUCAUACAAGAACUAUUUAGUAAAUGCUGCAUCCUCACCAUACUUGAUCAUGUUAUGGGUUGUUUUUGUUGUGCAGUUUGCACCAGUAGCUCCAUUAUUAUCUGCUAUUAUUGACCAUGCAAUUAAGCUUUGUAUCAUCCACAUGAGACUAAGUUCUCUGGUAAUCAAUCACGUGACAGAGCUUUGCCUAAACUUUUGUGUCAAACCUCUGAGCUCUUAUAUGAUGGGUUCAAACUUAAACCCUAAAUAUUUCCAACAAUUAUAUGACUAUCUUUGCUAGUUGGUCGGGUCUAUGUUUGUUUUGCUAUUCAUCUAUAAAAUGUCACAAAGAAAUUAUUAGGGUUAUAUGCUUGGUAGUGCUCUUUACAGUAUAUUGUUUUUUGAAAACUUACAUUUACAUCCAUUAGGCUAUAUAAUUACAACUAGGUACUCACUUUUUUACAGUUAAGCCACUCAGUCUUCCAUCAUACUUGUUUAAAGAUAUUGAAAAACCCUAACUUAUUGUUAAUGUAUUUAGUUUUGGAACUUAUUAAUUUAUUUGCAUGAUGAUUAUUUGAAUUUGCAAAUGAAGCUAUGAUCUCCAUAUUUUUUUUUCCUUGUAAAGUGAGUCGGUCUUUAUAUGUUUAGUUCUCCGGUGAACUACUGGAUCUUAAGCAAUAUACAUGACAACUUGAUUGUCACAAAUCGAUUUCAUUGGCUUAAUUAGAGGAUUACCUUACUUGGUCAUUAUCUAUUUAAAAUAGAUAAGUUCAUAUGUGGUGAGAGUUAUUUCCUAUAUUAUCUAUAUGCACUUGACCAGGCCACUAUGAGCUUCUUGCAUUUCCAAAAUAUCAAUUUCCUUCCAAGAGGAUACAAUACGCCAGUAUCUAUUUGUGUGAGUUCUUGUCUUAUUUGUAUUUAUAUACCUUACCUACAUCACCGAUUUGUAGGAGAGCUUGACUUAUGUGUAUCUGUUACCUUACAAUUUACAAUCUGGAGAUGAUCACGGUUAAGAGAUUUAAGACCAUUUUCCAAGCAUUACUAAUAUAUUGUAGGAUCUUCAGAGCUUCCUCUUAGUGAGAUCAUGAUGGGGAGCUCAAAGAAAUUGAUCAAUUCACAGCUGCAGAAAGAAGAUGGCAGGAAUGUUGAUUGUAAGAUAGUUAAGUUUACCACUUAGUCAAGAUGUCAGGAAUGGUGAUUGUAAGAUAGUUAAGCUAACCAAUGAUAUCUCUGGUAAUAACUCCCAUUGUUUUGGUCUGAUAUUAGGAUCCAUGUCAGUAUAUACUGACGUAGCUCCCAACACAACUACUUUCUCAAUCAUAUCAAUCAUAUAUAUUUCUCAAGCAUAUCAAUCAUAUAUAUUGUAAGUGACAAAUGCCCAAAUAUCUCAGGCUAAGUAAAUCCUUGUUUAAAAGUGUUCAUAAGGGCAUACUUUUAACCUCGCGUUUGUACAAAAUCAUCAUCAAUAAAAUAUAUUAUCCAUGAAAAAGAUAAGAGAUAAUGUAAAAUAUGGCAUGUUCUAGAAGACUCGUAAUCAUUUCAACUUCAACAACAAUAAUUCUGAAUUUGAUAAACUGUCCUAGGAUUUUCGUUAUCCUUACAAAAGUUUUUGUAGUUUGUUCAGAAAACCAUUUUCCCUUUAAGUAAUAAAUAAGGAGGAUGCUUUAUAUAUACCUCUUUCAUAAGAUCACUAAUGAAGGAAAGCAUUCUUAAUGUAUAGCUGAUAUUACGGUUACUGAUAUUGUUCUAUUAUUGAAACUUUCAAAGGAUUUAUUUGUGAUUUCUAAAAAUAUUUUGACCUUUUCGCAAAAUGGCAAUUAAAUAAACAACACCUGCUUCUCUUCUCUUGUGCACCAUGUCUCUUCCUCCCCAUCCAAAUCCUAACCUCCUCCCACUCGCACUGACACUACGGCUGUUGCCACGUCAUGUCAGAUUCCACCACAAUUUUUCUAGCGAAGAGAGCAUUAAGCAAAGCUCCUUAUUCGGCCCUGUCACUGCCCCACGUUGUUGUUACCUCGUGUCAACUUUUGUUGGAAUUUUUCCAAUGGAGGGCAACAAACAAAGCUCCUUAUCCGGUCGUUUUGUUGCCUUGCCUCCUCGUGCUAGCUUCAUCGAAAAUUUUCCAACAGAGAUAGAGUAGUGAUCAUGAUGACAAAAGGCGAAUACGCUCGUCCCCAGCACCCUCGCCAACCCGUCCCAGGGCCAACACGGAGGAGGUAAAUCACGGGCGGCUACUAGCCUUUGGAAUAGUGACUAGCACAUGAGGGAGGCAUUUAUCUCGGCUUUGCCAAGAUUUGAACCCCAGACCUCAUGAUGACAACACCUUAUGCGCUAGCCACUAAAUCCAUCCGAGGGGACAUAGAUAGAGUAGUGACCAUGACUCCUCAGAUGGUUGCAAAAUCAUUGCUCUUAACCGGUGUCGCUGCCCUUAGUUACGGCCAACACCCUUCUCUCCAAAUAAUCGUAGGUUUUGGAGCGGUUUGGAUCCUUUGAGCGAUGAAAUGGAGGUUUCAUGCUUGUUUUAUUAUAAUCAUCUUGUGCAUGAUUAAAUAUAGAACAUUAAUCAUAUUAAAUAAUUAUGAAUAUUUGCAAAAAGGAAAAUAUUAACAAAUUGCUUGAUUAUGAAAUAGUGAGUAAAUAAAUAAAUUGUAGUGGAUAAAUUCCUUGAGAUUUAAUUUAUACUUUUAUUAGGUGAAAAUUAAUGGUAAACUCAUACUUUUAUUGCUUAUAAAGUCUUCUAUUUUCUGUUUUUUGUCACUUUGUUGAAAUUUAUUGUUUAUAUUACCAAGAGACAACUUUAAAUUUAAAAAGAACAUAUGGAAAUUUAGGGUAGUCUCUUCUAACUUCUAAGGAACUAGAGUUAUCAUUACGAUAAAUUAAUCAUAUAUAGAUGAAUAACGGGCUAAACUAAUCACAUAUAGAUGAAUAAUACGAGAGAGCUUUGGCUCCGUGCCCUUAAGAUGUCAUGUAAUUUCUCAAUUUAACAAGGAAACCAAUGCAGCAACCUUUGUUACAAUAGAGCUUCGAUUUUAUAAUUUCUAAGAGUGACAAGUCUAAUUGUGUUAGAAAAAAAGAAUCUAAUAAAUUCUCAUAAUUAUAGAGCAUUGGCUCUAUGCUUUGAAGGAGUUGCGUGAUAUAUAUAUUGAGUUUAAAAAAUAAAUUAAUUACCUAUAUUAUAGAGUAUUGACUCUGUACUUAAAGUGGGCCCUUAAAAGUCUUUUCGUGUGCCUAUAGACAUCAACCAUAUGACAUGAGAUGUUUUACUCACUUGUUAAUUAUAGGUUGUUCACUCUAUUCUUAUAUGUGAUGCAUUUCGAGUGGUUUACCCAAUCUAUAUGUAUGUAUAUGUACAUACACAUGAUGCAUUUCAUUGUGAAUGGAUUGUAGAUCAUUCGCUCUUAUAUACGAUGUAUUCUUAUAUGAAUUACUGGUUGUUCACCCUAUUUUAUACUUACAUAGGAUGUGUUCGCGUAUUAGGUGGAUUGUGGGUCGUCCACCUUUACAUAUUUGGCGUAUUUCUUGAUUGGUGGAUUGCGGGUAGUUUACCUAUUUAAGAAAUUAUGUUAAUUUUUGUGUAAAGACUACAAUUUGUGUAACAUUGGAAAAUGGAAAAGGGAAACAAGGUGAAUUGAUGAAAUUGAUUAAAAGAGAAUGAAAGAAGAAUAAUGAGAAAAGUGUAUCGAUGCAAUAAUGCCAAAGAAAAUGAAAACAAAAAACUAUAAACUUUGUUGUUCCCUUGUUUGAUUUUGGAUUUCAUGUAUUUAAUUUCUUACUCCGCUUUACACUAUGUGUUCACUCUUCUUUUUUUUCCCUUUACCUCCAGAUUUACAAAUUGAGGUGAUCCUCAAGGUUUGAAUAAUUUUAUGGGAUAAUGUGGCUUAGAGAUGCUCAACGAUAGUAUUAGAGGUGGGGUUUCUAUUAGGGCCCAUUUGUUUUAUUUUAUUUUUCUACUACAAGGUUGUUAUUUUUAUGCAUUUUGGUACUUUGGUGUAUUCUUUUCAUUUGUUAGCGUGAGUCCAUUUUGUCCAUCACGACGAGUCCAGUAGAGUAAUUAUUGUGAGUCGGACAUUAUGUUAAUAUUUUUCAAUAAUGUUAAAUAGAUUGUUAAGUAUUCAUAUUUGUUAUCGCUUGGUGCAUCCUUAAGGGUAUUGCUUGUAGAUAUUGUUGCGACCUGAAGACUUCCAUCCUUAUAUAAGGGAUAGUCUCCUUGAUCACGACAAUAUUCAUUACUGCACCAUAACCACAAGUAAUACCUCUAAAAGUGCAAAAGGCUAUAAUAAACAAAAAUACUUAAUAUUUUUUAACAUUAUAAAAAAAUGUUAACACAAUACCUGACUCAAAAUAAUGACUCUGUUAGACUCAUGACGACUGAUAAAAUGGACUCAUGCUGAUAAAUGGAAACUACCAAAAUACAUAAAAGUAAGAAUUCCUGUAAUAACAAAUAAAACAAAACAAAUGAAUCCUAAUAGAAAUUGUCUCCAAUACUAUUGCUAAGCAUCUCUAAGUUUAUCCUAUAAAAUUGCCCAAACUUUGAAGUUCAGCUCAGGUCUGCGAAUCUGUAGGUCAAAGGAAAAGAGGGAAUGAGCAUAUAGUGCAAAGUGGAGUAAGAAGAAAAGUGCACGAACCAAAAUCAUAAAAGGUACAUUGUAGCAGCACCAGCCAAAAACUCCUGCAGUUAGCUGAGGCAUUAAUGAAGAAGCACAUGGCUUCCAAUAGCUUGCAUGAUCCGGAAGCACUCGUCCUAUACUUGUCGCUUCUGGAACAACAAGAAAAGUUUGAUGCUGCUGUGGAAGUUCUAUCUGGGGAUCUUGGCUCUCUUAUAGGAAUUCAAGAGGACAAAUUGCGGAUCCAGGGGAGGCUUCUAGCUCGUGCAUGCAACUAUUCUGCCGCUACUGAGAUCUUUGAGAGGGUUCUAGUGUCAUGUCCUGAUGAUUGGGAGGUAUUCCUGUGCUAUCUAGGCUGUCUGUUGGAGGAUGAUCUAAAUUGGUUAAAGAUGGAUGCUACCAUGCAAAUCUGCUCACCAUCUUUUGAUGACAAUGGAGCUUGCAAGGCAAACCACUUGAGCAAUGAUGAGUUUAAUUCCCGCAUCUCCAGUGCAGUGUCACUUGUUCAGAGGCUGCAAACAGAUUGCAAUGGCGGUUUUGUCAGAGGUGCUUUCCUAGCAAAUAUUGAAAUUGAACGCCGUUGUCGGUUGUGUGGUACCAAGCAUGAUGACAACUUUGUGGAGGCUUUGCUAACUUACUUCUAUAGGUUUGGACACUUAUCUUGUUUUGCUUCUGAUGUGGAAAAUUUUCUCCACUUACUUACUCUAGAAGAGAAAGAUAAAUUUCUAGAGAAGCUCAUGAAAACAUUAGAGUCCCCCCCUGCAUCUCCACUAAAAGCACUGGAUCAAGCUAUCUCCAUUUUCAAAGUUCAUGAGUCUCUUGGUGUCAUGUUCUCUCUCCCUCUUACAGACCUGGAAGUCACUACUAAAAGAAUGCUACAGAUGUACUGUAAAAAUCUUACACUAUCAAAGGACUUGGAUCCUCAAGAAAACAUGCAUGGAGAAGAGUUGUUGUCAAUGAUCAGCAAUAUCCUUGUCGUCCUAUUUUGGCGCACACGGAUAUUAGGAUAUUUAUUGGAGGCAAUUAUGGUUUUGGAAUAUGGGCUAACCAUCAGAAGAUAUGUCUGGCAGUACAAGAUUCAAUUGGUGCAUUUAUAUUCUCUUUUGGGAGCUCUGCCCCUGGCUUAUGAGUGGUACUGUAUGCUGGAAGUCAAGAAUAUCCUGGUUGAAACAGUUUCACACCAUAUCUUGCCCCAAAUGCUGAAUUCACCACUUUGGUCGGAGACUGGUGAUCUCUUGAGCGAUUACUUGAAAUUUAUGGAUGAUCAUUUAAGAGAAUCUGCUGAUUUAACUAGUGUUGCAUACAGACAUCGUAACUACUCGAAAGUAAUAGAGUUUGUUCAGUUCAAAGAACGCCUUGGGCAUUCUAGUCGACUUCUGACAGCAAGGCUUGACGUGCCCAUUUUGCAACUGAAGCAGAAGGCAAAUAGUCUUGAGGAAGUUGAGUGUAUCUUUGAAAAUCUGAAUUGUGGUUCCAAAUUGCUUGAGAUGUCAAAUGAGGAUAAAAUGAAAAUUUUGACAUUUAAUGAAGAUUUUCAUGCAAGACCUUGGUGGUCUCCCACCCCCAAUAUAAAUUAUCUUGCAGAUAAUUUUGAAGAAGGAUUUCCAUGGUUAAAAGAGAAAUUGAACAAGAAGAAGAAAGCUGUAGAAGAGGAAGGCAUUGUGAAGAAAUUAAUUGAGAGGAAAUCUCUUCUUCCUCGGCUAAUCUAUCUAUCAAUUCAGAUCAGUCCCAUUUCACUUAAAGGAAACGUGGGUAAUGGCUCUUUACAUGAUGCUGAUGCUAUCAAAGAGAUAAAAUCGCUUUUGGAGAAAUAUGCUAGGAACAUAGGUCUUUCUUUUGAUGAUGCAAUGAGUCUGCUGCUUGCCAUCUUCAAGGGUCAAAAACCUCUAAAGGAUCUAGGUCCAGAUAUCAUCAGCUGGCUAAACUUUACAGUUUUUGUUAAUGCAUGGAAUUUAUGCUGCCAUCAGUUGGAGUCACCCAGAAAGGAUAGCUCUAUGAAUUCAUGGAGUGUUGUAGAUUACAUGUUGAGGUCCUGUAUUUCUGAGCAAUUAACACAUCCAGAGACUGUACUUGCAGUUCCAGGAAGCAACCUUCCAGUUUUGGUGCAGCUGGUAGCAGAGCCUUUGGCUUGGCAUAUUUUGGUAAUUCAGUCAUGUAUCAGAUCAAUGCUUCCAGCAGGGAAAAAGAAAAAGAAAACUGGUUUGGUGGAUUCCCUGAACUCAUCCUAUGCUCAUGCUGUAUGUGAUUCAGUUCAGUGCUUAAUUUCGGUGCUACAAGAUAUAGGCAAGUGGGUGUCUAAUCAAAUUAGAAAGUCCGAGGAUCAGGAUGUGGACAGACUACUGUCUCAUUUACAGAGAAGCAGCAGCCAGGAAGAACUAGGCUCUAUUCUUUCUAUAUUAGAAGCGAGUGAAUCUAUGAGCGUGUCUGAAGUAGGAGAGAGAAUAUCAGCAGCUUUACAAUCGUGGAGUGCUGCAACCGUGUGCAGAAAAAUAUCUGCAGCACAACAUAGCUUGCUAUCGCAGUUUCUCAGCAUAUGUGAAUCCAAGUUGAAGCUGCUAUAUUCCAUUAACAAGUCGAUAUAGACUGGCAGGCAGGAACCGAGGUGAGUUUCUGUAUUUGGAGCUCGUGAUGGCAAUACACAAACAAUGGUCACCUGAUAUUGCCUGUUGACUACGAGCAACAGCCUCACAUUCAGACUCCAUCUUUUCUCCCGACAGCAUGUGCGGAUUGUAAAUUUUUGAAUAUGUUAAUUCUUGUAAUACCUUUUUAUCUUCCUCUUUAUGAUACCAAUGAGGUAUUUAUAGUGAGGUUUUUCUACAUCUAUCUAAGUCAGGAUUACAGUCCAUCCCUUGAACAUAUGUAAACACUUCUACUGUUUGAAUUUUAAGGAAAAUGAAGUUUGCAAACAA